AUGGGAUCUUUACAACAAUGCCAGCUACAAGCUGGCGCCCACCACAGUUCGCCUAAUCUGCCAUGUGACGUCGACAUCGAGACAUCACACGAUGCCAAUAUGAGAACAAAAGCACAUAAGGCGAGAGAUAUUAAAGGCAUCCAAUUCACCAAGGAUACUAUCGAGGGACAGGAGACCGUGAGGGACAGUCAGGAAGCAAGACGCACGCACAUCCUGGAUGUCAGGAUAUUCAAAGCAGGGCGGCGCUCCAUUAAGUGCCUUUCUAAUCUCAGCGAUAUCCCUGACCUAGUUACUAAUCUCAGCGAUAUCCCUGACCUAGUUACUAAUCUCAGCGAUAUCCCUGACCUAGUUACUAAUCUCAGCGAUAUCCCUGACCUAGUUACUAAUCUCAGCGAUAUCCCUGACCUAGUUACUAAUCUCAGCGAUAUCCCUGACCUAGUUACUAAUCUCAGCGAUAUCCCUGACCUAGUUACUAAUCUCAGCGAUAUCCCUGACCUAGUUACUAAUCUCAGCGAUAUCCCUGACCUAGAUACUAAUCUCAGCGAUAUCCCUGACCUAGUUACUAAUCUCAGCGAUAUCCCUGACCUAGAUACUAAUCUCAGCGAUAUCCCUGACCUAGUUACUAAUCUCAGCGAUAUCCCUGACCUAUUACUAAUCUCAGCGAUAUCUGACCUAGAUACUAAUCUCAGCGAUAUCCCUGACCUAGAUACUAAUCUCAGCGAUAUCCCUGACCUAGUUACUAAUCUCAGCGAUAUCCUUGACCUAGUUACUAAUCUCAGCGAUAUCCCUGACCUAGUUACUAAUCUCAGCGAUAUCCCUGACCUAGUUACUAAUCUCAGCGAUAUCCUUGACCUAGUUACUAAUCUCAGCGAUAUCCCUGACCUAGUUACUAAUCUCAGCGAUAUCCCUGACCUAGUUACUAAUCUCAGCGAUAUCCCUGACCUAGUUACUAAUCUCAGCGAUAUCCCUGACCUAGUUACUAAUCUCAGCGAUAUCCCUGACCUAGUUACUAAUCUCAGCGAUAUCCCUGACCUAGUUACUAAUCUCAGCGAUAUCCCUGACCUAGUUACUAAUCUCAGCGAUAUCCCUGACCUAGUUACUAAUCUCAGCGAUAUCCCUGACCUAGGUAUUGAUCUGGUGUAUAUUCUUGGCCACGUUAUUGUCCAAUGA